AUGCCCCUCAUUACCAUUCUUAUCAGCCGCACAUGGGCCCUCUGGCGCACCAAUGGUAUCUCCCGCGUGACCUCCUUCUGGAGCCUGCUGCAUCAUUUGGACUCGGAUGAUCCGAAACGUGGCGAGGAGCGCGAGUAUCUGCGUACUGGGUCCUUGGACUAUGAAUCUGGUGGUGAUGAGCAGGAUCUGGGACUGAAGGCAGAUGAAGGAAAGCUGGGGUUGAAGGCGACGGCUAAGCUGAGUUUCCAGUUCUGUUUGCUUUGGGCGAACUACUUUGCUAUGGGAUGUCUGCAAUUCACGACUGUGGGAAGCACGACCAUCUUGACAUCCACUAGCGGAGUCUGGACCCUAAUCUUCGGAGCCGUAAUCGGCGUCGAGAAAUUUACCGUCCGCAAAUUCCUCGGCGUGGUCGCAUCCCUGAUUGGUAUCAUCCUGAUCUCGCGCGUGGACCUCACCAAACCAGAGGAUGCCAACGCAACCGCAGAUGGCAGCCAAGGCUCAUUCCCGCACAAGUCGACCGCGGAGAUGGCGCUCGGGGACGCCAUGGCUGCGUUUAGCUCAAUCAUGUACGGCGUGUACACGAUCGUCAUGAAGAAGCAGGUUGGUGACGAGUCGAAGGUGAACAUGCCAUUAUUCUUUGGUCUUGUCGGCUUCUUUAACCUCGUGAUGCUAUGGCCUGGGUUCUUCAUUCUGCACUGGACUGGUGUGGAACAAUUCUCGCUUCCGGAUACGAAGCGGGUUUGGACGAUUAUCCUGGUUAAUGCCGUUUCCUCGUUCGUCUCUGAUAUAGCAUGGGCGUACGCUAUGCUCCUGACCACUCCACUCGUCGUGACCGUCGGCCUUAGCCUGACUAUCCCAUUGUCUUUGGUCGGGCAGAUCGUGCUUCAAUCACAAUAUGCCAGUCCAGUCUAUUGGGUCGGCGCUGCUAUUGUUUUCCUGUCUUUCUUGGUUGUCAACCACGAAAGCAAGAUCAUAGAGGAUGAGGCCUCGGCUGAGAUAGCCCGGCCGUCCUCUGGGGAGUAUGAAAGCAUUCCUCGCGAUGAAGAUAGGUAG